AUGGCUACUCGGCGGGAUUUCCUCAGCCAGCCGGCGCCCGAGAACUAUGUCGCCGGUCUUGGUCGUGGUGCGACGGGCUUCACGACCCGGUCAGAUCUUGGUCCUGCGCGUGAGGGUCCCAGCGAUGACCAAAUGAAGGAGAUGCUCGCCAAGCGCGCAGCACAACUUGGUCUCGACGGUGCCAAGAAGGACAAGGACGACAAGGAAGACGACGGCGGCAACGACGACGAGCGGUUCCAGGACCCCGACAACGAGGUUGGGCUGUUUGCGGGCGGCGUGUACGACAAGGAUGACGAGGAGGCCGACAAGAUCUGGGACUGGGUCGAGGAGCGGAUGGAUCGAAGAAGACGACAGCGUGAGGCGCGUGAGCAGACCGAAAGGGAGGAGUAUGAGCGGAACAACCCCAAGAUCCAGCAGCAGUUUACGGACCUGAAAAGGGCGCUGAGCACAGUGACGGACGACGAGUGGGCGAACCUGCCCGAAGUCGGCGAUCUGACGGGCAAGAAUCGGCGAAGUAGACAGGCGCUGCGGCAACGGUUCUACGCUGUGCCGGACAGCGUGCUCGCUGGCGCGAGGGAUCUGGGCGCCAUGGGCACGACGGUUGCGGAUGAUGGGGAUGCGUCAAGUGGUGCGGGGGGCGGCGACUCGGCCGAUGGGACGAUGACGAAUUUCGCUCAGAUUGGUGCGGCCAGAGGCAAGGUGCUCCAGUCACGCCUCGAGGCUGCGUCGCAGGUCAGCGGGGGCGAUGCGACGAGCGGCAGCGCGACCAGCAUCGAUGCGCAGGGCUACAUUACCGAUCUGAAUAGGCUACAAAUGACCGAGGGCCAGGCGCAGGUGGGCGACAUCAACCGUGUGCGGGAGCUGCUGUCCUCUGUGGUCAAGUCCAAUCCCAACAAUGCGCUCGGAUGGAUUGCGGCCGCGCGUCUAGAGGAGCUGGCUGGCAAGAUUGUAUCGGCACGGAAGACUAUCGAUCAGGGCUGUCAGCGAUGUCCCAAGAGCGAGGACGCCUGGCUGGAGAACAUCCGUCUGAACAACGACUCCCACAAUGCCAAGGUCAUCGCGCGGAGGGCCAUUGAGGCCAACAACCGAUCCGUCCGCCUCUGGGCCGAGGCCAUGCGUCUCGAGAACCUCCCCGCCAACAAGAAGCGCGUCAUCCGGCAGGCGCUCGACCACAUACCCGAGUCGGAGGCUCUGUGGAAGGAAGCCGUCAACCUGGAGGACGAUGAGAGCGACGCCAAGCUCAUGCUCGCCAAGGCAACCGAACUCAUCCCACUGUCGACGGACCUGUGGCUGGCCCUUGCCCGCCUGGAGACGCCCGAGAACGCGCAAAAAGUGCUCAACAAGGCGCGCAAGGCGUGCCCGACGUCUCACGAGAUCUGGAUCGCUGCCGCGCGGCUGCAGGAACAGCUCGGCCAGGGGCAGAAGGUCAACGUCCUCAAGCGUGCCGUGCAGGUUCUGGCCAAGGAGUCCGCCAUGCCGAAGCGCGAGGAGUGGAUCGCCGAGGCGGAGCGAUGCGAGGAGGAGGGCGCCCUCGUCACCUGCGAGGCUAUUAUCCGCGAGACCCUUGGCUGGGGGCUCGACGAGGACGACGACCGUAAGGAGACCUGGAUGGACGACGCGCGGGCGAGUAUCAACAGGGGCCGCUACGAGACGGCUCGUGCUAUCUACGCCUACGCGCUACGCGUGUUCGUCAACAGCAAGACGCUCUGGACGGCUGCUUCCGACCUAGAGAGAAAUCACGGCACAAGAGAAUCCCUGUGGCAGGUCCUCGAGAAGGCUGUUGAGGCCUGCCCCAAGAGCGAGGAUCUAUGGAUGAUGCUCGCUAAGGAGAAGUGGCAGGCCGGCGAGGUCGACGGCGCACGAUUGGUGCUCAAGCGCGCCUUCAACCAGAACCCCAACAACGAGGAUAUUUGGCUCGCCGCCGUGAAAUUAGAGUCGGCGAACGAUAACGAGGACCAGGCGAGGAAACUACUCGAAAUCGCACGGGAGCAGGCACCGACCGACCGCGUGUGGAUGAAGAGCGUGGUGUUUGAGCGGGUGCUCGGGAACCUGGAAACGGCAUUAGACCUCAACCUCAAGGCGCUGCAGCUGUUCCCCGUGACGGCGAAGCUAUGGAUGCUCAAGGGGCAAAUCUACGACGACCUGGGCAAGGUAGGACAGUCACGCGAGGCCUACGCGCAAGGUGUCAAGGCCGUGCCCAAGGCCGUGCCCCUAUGGUUACUAUAUGCUCGCUUGGAGGAGAAUGCCGGUAACACCGUUAAGGCUCGUUCCGUCCUGGAACGCGCUCGCCUCGCGGUGCCCAAGAAUGCAGAGCUAUGGCGCGAGUCCGUCCGUCUCGAGAGGCGGAGCGGGAAUAUGACCCAGGCCAAGUCCAUCAUGGCGAGAGCGCUGCAAGAGGUGCCCAAGAGCGGCAUUCUGUGGGUGGAACAGAUCUGGCAUCUCGAGCCGCGGACGCAGCGCAAGCCCCGGUCACUCGAGGCCAUCAAAAAGGUCGACAGCGACGCAGCGCUCUUCAUCGCGGUGGCGCGCAUCUUCUGGGCGGACCGGAAGCUCGACAAGGCGCAGAGCUGGUUCGAGAAGGCCCUCGUGCUAGACAGCGACAAUGGCGAUGGCUGGGCGUGGUACUACAAGUUCCUGACGCAGCACGGCACGGAGGAGAAAAAGGCGGACGUGGUGACAAAGUGCGUGCUGAACGAGCCGCGCCACGGCGAGGUCUGGCAGACGGUGGCCAAGCACCCCACGAACGCGAGGAAGGGGGUCGAGGAGAUUCUGAAGCUGGUGGCCGCCGAGCUGGAUGCGUAG